AUGUUAAAAUCCGUGGCGUCAUUAUUAAAAACAGCUAGCGCUGGUACCACUUUCACAACGGAUAUUACAAUGGAAAUUACUUCUUUAAAUACUUUCAAUACUGUUGAAAAUUCUACUGUACAAAAAGAAACAGCGGCGAAUGACAUUCCUUUAAUACAUUUAGUUAGACAACAGCGACAACAAAAGUUGGAAGAAACGGUAUUAAUACGUAAAAUUGCUCAUCAAUCUUUAAUGCACCAUUACGAACAGGAUAAUUUACCUCUUUCACAUGUAAAAGAAAAGUUAAAAGGCGACGACACUCCUUUGGUACAAGUACAACAACAAUUGGAGCAGGAAAAGGAUGAUAUACACUACACUACACCUACUUCUGUUAUUACUACUAGUAAUAAUUCUACCAUAA